AUGUCGGGGCGCGACAAGGGCGGGAAGGGCCUGGGCAAGGGCGGCGCGCUGCGCCACCGGAAGGUGCUCCGCGAUAACAUCCCGGGGAUCACGAAUCUGACGAUCCGGCGGCUGGCGCGCAGGGGCGGCGUGAAGCGCAUCUCCGGGCUCAUCUACGAGGAGACCCGCGGCGUCCUCAAGAUCUUCCUGGAGCAAUGCUGCUGGUUUAGGGGUUCUUCGCGCGCGCAUCCGGUCAGGCCUCCAAGGUCGGUGGCCAUGGCUCAGUGUCGCCAUCACCUCCUCCUCAUGGUUAUUGCUGCUCCGUUCAACACAGCACAUGUCCAAGGAGUUGGGGCAGGAAGAAUUUGGCAUAUACAACCUGGGCAGUCCAAGCACAAAUAGCCCUUCAUUGCCUUCAUUGGGUUCAUCUAAUAUAGUAGCAAUGACAUCUUGUGGACGUGAAAAUGGGAGUAUGCAUGGUUUGCAUUCUGGACUUCUCACAUCAAUGAGCCCGUUCAGAGAGGCUUCAUUUCUGGGUCUAUCAUCUACCCUACCACAGAGCCUGUCCUCGCCCAUUGGAAUUGCUUCUGCUGCAACUCAUAGUAAGUAGGCUCCCCUUGGUGAGCUCAGCCACUCUCUUAGUCGGAUGAAUAGGCAUGUGAAUUAUGGUUUUCAAGGCUUGGGUGCUAUUCAUCCCCAUUCUCUUCCUGAUGUUCACAAUGGAGCAAAUAAUGGCACCCCUUACAAUCUGAACACCAUCACACCUGUUGGUGUCAAUAAGAACUCAAGAACA